AUUGGGAGAAGAUACUCCCCCCUAGCAUAUGACAUUCGGCCAGAACAAGAAAGGAGAGCAAGGAAAAACAAAAGACCUCAAAACAUUAGUUGAAGGAAGGAGGAAGCUAAGAAAAUCCACAAGAAAUAGUUGGGUUCAAGGAGUCGUAAUCGCCGGAAACCGCCACUCCAAACAAGCUGUUCGUAGUUGCAGACUACGAAAGCCGCCCGGCUUUCGUGAAAGCCGCCCGGCUUUUGCCCAGCAGUCCAGUUUUCCACUUUCAAUCGGCCUAGAACGGGGAUUGAUCGAGGGGCGUAACAAAGGCAACUAUUGUAGCACAUCACGAGUGUCACACCUGGCCGACAUAGCUGCCUCGACGACUGAAACCAGCGUGGAUGUGGAGAUGGAGGAGGGUGCCGAAGCUGCGGUCGAGCAGGCCGGUGCGGAGCAAGGUGCCGAUGAGGUCGGCCCAGGAGAGCUGAUCAGCUGGCUUCCUUUGUAAUUGUAGUUAGAUGUUUUUGUUUUUGGUAUGUAAUGGCCGUAGCGCCCCUCUUUGUGUACUUUGAAUGCCUGAAUGAAAGUCUGUGUUUUGCUCUCCCGGCAUUAGUGUCUUCUUCGUUUUGUGCUUGUCUUAUUAUUUC